GCGCAAAAAUGUCAUCGCGUGGUGAACGAUCUGACGGAGAGGAUGUUUUGGACUUGAUCGGUGGGAAUGAAAAUAAUGACAUUGAUCAUCGUGCGAGUGGAGAUGAAUUUGCAAAUGAUGAAGGUCAAGGAGAAGGCGAAGAUGAUCAGAAAAAGGUUGUCGCACCUACUGUAAGACGUGCAAAAAAUCAGGCACCAAGAUUAACGACAGCAUUAUUAAAAGGACCGAAAGGUGCUCACACAAUUGAGAAAUACUUCCAAGGUUUCAAAUUCCAUGGAAAGGAUCACGAGAAAGAGGAUUUGGAUCGUGUUAUGAAACGCAUGGAACAUUGGUGUCAUAGAUUGUAUCCAAAAUUCAAUUUCGACGAUUGUCUCGCAAAAAUUGAGAAUUUAGGGAACAAACGCGAUUUACAGGUGUUUUUGAAAAAAUACAGAUUGGAUGAAAUUACGGCUGAUGAUGAUUUUAAAACACCUGAAUUUGUCAAUGACGACGACGACGACGAUGACGAGCGACAGGAAGAAGCGACACCACAAGAGGAAUUUGAUUUAUUACUUGCUGAACAAAUUAAUAAACAGAGACAAAAUGAAUCGGCUACUUCGAGUGCUUUUGAUAAUUUAUUAGCGUCCGUCAAUCCUCCAGUGGCAGCAAAAAAUCCCGAACCAGAAUUGUCCGAUGAAAUUAAGGAGAGAAUGGAGAGAAAUCGAUUGUUGGCUUUGGAACGAAAACAGGCUACGUUGAAACGACUUAAGGAAUUGGAACAGGCUAAAAAGAAUCCGGAAGCUUCUGGAAGUAAAGAUACUUCGAUUUCGACAGACGAUCCUUCGACCGAAUCCAAUCAAAAAAUUGGGGCAAAAGUUCACCAAGUAGAAAGAAAUGAAAACGAAGUGGUUCAAACAAAAUCUACUGAGAAAUUCAAUGAAGAAUUGCGAUCAACCGAAAUUGACGUUCCAAUGGAAGAAACGGAAGAAUCUCCAACAAAAUCUGCCGAGAAAUUCAGUGAAGAAUUGCCAAGAACCGAAAUUGAAGAGCCAAUGGAAGAAUGUCCAACAAAAUCUGCCGAGAAAUUCACUGAAGAAUCGAUGACAAUCGAAAUUGAAGAACCACAAACAAAAUCCACUGAGAAAUUCAGCGAAGAAUCGAUGACAAUCGAAAUUGAAGAGCCAAAUACAAAAUCUAUUGAGAAAUUCAGCGAAGAAUUAUUAAUGACAACUGAAAUUGAGGAGGAAAUAGAAAAAACUGAAUCAAUUUCGACGACUGAGUAGAUUAAAGGUAUUUUAAUAUUGUAAUUUUUAGAUCUAAAUUCAAAAUUUAGAUUUAGAGUAAAAAACAGAGAAAAAAACCUAUAAAACUUAUAUAAUUAAAAUUCCCAUUAAACAAUUAUAAAUUUUAACGUUUGUCAUUGUUCUCAUAAGAGUUAAUAAAUUGUUACCGUUCAACAAAAGUGUAUAAUAAAAAAAGCAAAUUUAUACAGAAAGUUCUUGUAUUCCAAAAAAAUACUUACAUUUUAAUUCUUAUAUUCAAUAAAGAAAAAAAAACUAUGUUCUA